AUGGCACAUUGUAAUCGUAGAAUUUUGGAUGUGUUUCAGGCCCGUGCAUUGUAUGACUUUGAUGGAGACCCAGAUAAUGGAGAGCUGAGUUUCAGAGGAGGUGAUGUUCUGGCAAUUAUUGCACAGGAUAUUGGAGAUGGAUGGUGGGAGGCUAAAAAUGACUUGGGACACCAGGGUUUGGUGCCUGAAGCUUAUCUACAGAUAUCAGAGGAACCUCCUGAACCCUCCUUUCCUCCUCCCCCUCCCCCGAUGCCUACUCCCCCUAGUACGGUGGACUACCCAGAUGACCCAAGGGCAAGUCAUUACUCCACAGGCACAACAUCUACUACAAACGGGUACAACUACCAUUACCAGAAUACGCCUGCUGACACCGGGGGUGGGGACUAUAAUGUAGGAGGGGGCUUCACAACACAGCAGAGCACAGAAGAGUGGGAUGAGGAGGAAUGGGAAGAGGAGGAUGAUGAUCACUCCUCUACAAGUACAGAUCGUGGGACAUCUCAGGAUUUACAAGGACAGGGAAACUUUGGUCUUUCUCAGCCAAGAAGAGAGCCUAAACAGUUAUCACCCUCAGGUGACAUGUCAAAGUAUGGUACAGUGAAGAAAAGCUUUAACAGAUUUUCACAUUUUGCUAAAGCUGGAGGCGAGGCCUUUAUGAUGGGACAAGUACAGAAUGAAAAUGUGUCCGAAAAUGAUGUCAUUACCAUCACUGAUACCGGAGAUGGUCCUGUCUGGCCACUACCAACUGAUACCUUCACCUGUGAGGUCACAUCUCCUAAGAAGGAGAGUAAAUUAAAAGGCCUAAAAAGUUAUAUAGCGUACCAGAUCACACCAUCAUUCAGUAACAUCCAGGUGAGUCGGAGGUAUAAACACUUUGAUUGGCUACAUGAGCGACUUGAGGAGAAGUUUGCCUGUGUUCCUAUCCCACCACUGCCAGACAAGGCCAUAUCAGUUGGCAUUGGGUCGCUUUCUAACUCAGGAAUAAAGAAAGGAAGAUAUGAAGAUGACUUUAUAACAGAAAGAAUGCACCAACUCCAGCUUUGGAUUAACAGAAUGGUACGCCAUCCAUUGAUAUCCCGUUCUGAAGUCUUCCAUCAUUUCCUCACCUGUACAAACGACAAGAAGUGGAAAGAGGGCAAGAGGAAGGCAGAAAAGGAUGAAUACACAGCUGGAAAGUUUUUCUUCCUCCUGAGAACGCCUGUCGCUCAACUGGAAAUGAGAGAUGUGGACAAGAAGAUGGAGACAUUUUGUAAAUUUGUAAAAGGAAUGGAUGACAAUGUAAAGGGUCUGAUAAAUGUGAUGAGUGAUAACAGAAAAAAACAUCUAGGCCCUUACAAACGGGAGUACCAGAAAAUUGGUUAUUCAUUUAAAAAUUUAGCUGUAACCUUUAAUCUAGACAGCUCCAGUUUUUCGGGUGGAUUGACAGCAGCAAUAGACUACACGGGUGACACAUACAACCAGAUAGGGGAGAUGUUUGAAAAACAGCCUAAGGUAGACCUCGAUCCUAUGUUAGACGUUCUGUACGAAUACAAGGGGAUACUCAGCACCUACCCUGACAACCUAAAGAUACACGAGGGUGCUGUGGGACGAGCAAAGGAAUGUAUGAAUGAACAGAAGGAAGGUAAAAUGUCAGAAAGUGAUGUACAAAAAGUGGUGAACAAGGCUGAUAUCAUCACCUACGGUACAAUGGCCCAGAUGUCACAUUUCCAAAAGGAGCGGGUACAAGACUUCAAAGUCAUGAUGAAAAAAUACCUGAUGGAACAAAUAACUUUUUAUAAAAAAAUAACACAGCAACUGGAAGAGACACUUGUGAAAUUUGAUAGCGCGUAGUAGUGUGAUGUGGAUUAGAAAUUAUGUGUCACAUGUGCUUGUUAAAAAUUGCUGGUAGUCCGCAAUCAAGUAUUGAAUGCACGAAUCUCCAGUUCUCUAUGACUUCAGGAAAGUGCUACUUCUGAUGAAAUUAGGUUUUAUUUAUAUAUCUGUUUAGAUAUCUAGUGACCAGAUCCUGGAGAUUGAAUUUGCAUGGCCUUCAAUUCAGAAUUAUCAGCAAGUACAUGGUAGCCUCUUUGAAGCCUUUCAAAAAGUUUGAGAAGGAACACAGAUCAGCACUGCAGAUAUUGUUUGUUCUCAAAUUCUGAGAUUUACAGCCCUGGAAGCUGUUUUUUGAAUAUUCAGACCAUUUAUCCUCACUAAGAUAAAUUUUAUCACAUCAUAGCUGACUUCCAACAGGACAUAGAGCAUGUAUACCAUUUAUUUAUUGAAAUCAUCUGUACUAAGAAUGAUUACAAAGAUACAGAUGUAUAUUUUGUAAAAGCCAUUAAUCUAUUUGGUUAGGUAGGAUAGGACAGGGUACAGUAAAAGGCAAAAUCUGUUAAUGUGGGUUAGAUGUGUAAAGCUUACAGUACAGGGAUCUUUUUAGUUACUUUCAUCUACAAAGUCAUAUAGUUAUAGUGUGCUACAUGCCUUAAUGUCACAAUUAUUUAUAUUAAUUCAGUUGUACAUUGUUCUGAACAUGUAAAUCUUAUUUCGAGAUAUUCCUGUAAUGAUUUUCUAAAAUUUUGGUGAUUGUCAUCUUAUUUAGGGAUAGUCCAAGCAAUUAUGGACUAAACAUUAUUGUCCUCAUUUUAGAAUCUGUAAAAUGUCGUUUUAUUGUGACUUUUACUUUGUAAAAACUAUGACACAAAAAGAAUUAUGAGUGACAAAAUGUCUUCAUGACUAUACUCUUUCAUGUUUUCUCUACAUACCUUACCUUUUGCCAUGGAAGGAAGCAUUUUAUCUGAAAGUUAUCUUAAUUGGUUGUAACAGGAAAUUUCUCACAACAGAAAUUAGAGAAAUGAGGCUUUAUAGAAGUUAAAUUUAUAUUAAAUUGUGUCUUGGAUGAGAAUUAAUGGUUUGUAUUUUCUUCGUUGGCCUUAAUGAUUUAAAUUAUUAGAUCAUUUUUCUCUUAAGUUGAGUUAUUUUUUAUUUGUUAAGUUGCAGCAGAGUGAAGAAUUUGAAACAAUUUUUCAUGUAAAGAUAGGUUCUUGCAAAUUGUUUUAAAUAUUUGUUGUCUGUGAUACUAGAUACAAGCAAAGCUGGAAAAAAAUUAACUGAAAAAUUUUCAAACAUGGCUGAAAAUCACCUGGAACCUUCAUGAAAUGGAAUGUUAUUAUACAUAGGAAUUGUUUUAGAUUCUAACAAAUUUUAUUUUCUCUUUGAAGGCAUUAAAUUCCUAGGCAAUAUGAGGUAAUUCAACAUCCUGAUUAUGGUUUGGUUAGUUUUAAGACUACAUCAAUGCAUAAGACAUUGUUGUUGAAUUACCAGUUAUACUUUCUGUUUUGUCGGAAUCAUUUCAUUUAUAGUUCAAAUCGGUGAAAAGACAUCAGAUUCCAUGGCACAUAAAAUAUGUAAGGUUUACGAACAGAUUGUUGUUUAUUUAAUUGUUGUGUUUUUGAUAUCUGUAUAUUGAUUAUUUUUCAAUAAAUAGUAAUGAAAUCUUUUUCUCAAAAUGACUGUAUACCACCUUUUGUUUAGUGAGAUUUUCAUAUAAUAGAACAAAGUGUUUGUUCAUUGUCAAAAAAUACCGUGUUCAUUGACUCAAACUUAAUAGGAAGUGAAUUUAUUAUGCUUGGCAUUGAAAUAAUAGAAAAAAUAAUAUUCAUUAUAUCAGUUUGUCUGCAGAGUGAUUUAUCUUAUGCAGUAUUUGAUGUUUUCUUUUGAAUCGGCGCUUCUAGGUUCUUGGACUCCUUGAAGUCUGGUAGAUUUCGUAACCUUACAAUUGUCAGUAAAUUACUG